GUUUGAUUGUAGUUUCUGUUUCCACGAUCAUAAUCUAAAAAUUUCCCGCGAGUCAAUCCUCUCCUGCAAAAAGCGGUGUUCAGGUCGAACUUACAUCACAAGUAUCAGGAAUCUCCACCUCUAGAAAUCCAUCUGGACCACAUCUACAACUAGACAGAAGAUUUUCCAACUUUAGUUAAUCUGUGACUUACACCACUAGGAAAAGGAAAUAAAGCCGGUUUAUUUCUCACAUUUCUACAUUUCCUCUUCUUUCCUCCGCAACAGAAAAACCACAACCCCAUCGAAAAUGCCGUCGGUGACCUGCGACGAAAACGUGCUGUGCGUGAAGAAGCUGAGUGGGAACGCGACGGUGCCCACCAAGGGUUCGAAGGACAGCGCCGGGUACGACCUGUCUGCCGCCCACGAGACGGAGAUUCCGGCCCAGGGGAAGGGCUUGGUGAAAACCGACUUGGCGAUCAAGAUGCCGGCGGGCGUGUACGGCCGCGUGGCACCCCGCAGUGGCCUGGCCCACAAGAAGCACAUCGACGUCGGCGCCGGCGUGAUUGACGCCGACUACCGCGGCAACGUGGGGGUCGUGCUCUUCAACCACGCCCAGGAGCCCCUGAAGGUCGAGAAGGGGGACCGCGUCGCGCAGUUGAUCCUGGAGAAGUACCUCACGGUCGACGGCGUGCGCGAGUGCGAGGACCUGGACGAGACGGACCGCGGUGCGGGCGGCUUCGGCUCCACCGGCGUCUCCGCGGCCCCGCCGUCCUAA